ACAUACCCGUACGACAGUUAAAGCUGUUGGAAGUUACGGGUAAGAGCGCAAUACACGUCAGGCUCUUAUUUUCAUUCGUGGAGGAGGCUCGCCUCGAACAAACGGGUGACCGAGUCCGAAGGAUUUUGCGAAGAAAAUCCAGGAUAUAGGUCGCCUAUAACUGGUUAAAUAUGAUACGCGCCGAAAAUGGGGAUGUUGUAUAUUUGGAACAGUUAAAAAAUUCGGUUGAGAGUGACGCGACAGAGAAGGCAACGUCAAGAAAGUGCGAGGGGCAGCUGUCUUCAGUGAAGGCAAACAGCUGUUCGUCCUACAAAGGUGCAAAUCGUACGACAGAAAUGGCGCAAGAGGACAAUAAUCCGUGCUGGGAUAACCUACCAAGUGUUAUCCUGCAGGAAAUAUUCUCAUAUUUACCACACAACUGCCGGUUAAGAGCCUCCCAGGUCUGUAGAAAUUGGAGGUAUACUUUAUUUCAUCCCCGUUUUUGGAGAAAAAUUACAUUUGCUCUGAAAGAUGAAGACAGUAUAUUGUGGUCUCAAUGUUUGGGAGAAAAUUUUGGACUUAGCGUGCGUGAAGUUACAAUUCGCUGUGAUACCCCGAACCAUUCUGUAGAGGAAGCAUUAUCUCUUUUAAAGAAAUUGAGUUGUAACAGGCAACUUCGUAAAUUGUUUUUGGAAUCUAGUAGUAGCUCGUUUGAAUACGACGAUGACAAUGAUGACAGUCCAGGAUAUACUACUCCGCUGAUCAAAUCUCUUGUAAAAAUUAUCGAGACGUCUAAUCGUUUAGAAGCUUUGAGUUUAGGAUGCAUAGAAGAACUAACGGCGAGCGCAGCUGUGCUUUUGGAACCUCUUCGUUUACACCAUGCUAAACAUUUGACAACUCUUAGUUUAGCAUCGGUUAGAGAUGAACCAGAUGAUUACGAUUUUUUGCAAUUCGAUUAUGAAUUCGUUUUUAGUUCCUUUGUCAGAUUAUCCAUUUUAACUCUAGAUUAUGAGUUUAUAACUGAUUAUUUACUACAAGCAUUAGAUAAUGGCACGAUGGAAAGACUUGUAAUUCAUGUGCACGGUUGGAAUGACCAUUAUUUAGGAACAACAGACAGCGCUUGGCAAAAUUUUAUUCAAAAAAACCCAAAAUGCGAGCUGCGAUUGAAUCUUAUACACUCUUAUGUCGGUAUUCAAAUGUUGGACACCGAUAUACUUCGACCUUCCAUGCCCCUAACACACUUAAAAGUUUUAUUUUGCGAAAACGUUAAUAUCAGAGCGUUACAUCGACUGUCUAGCUGGUAUUCGCUUACUUUAAAGUCUUUAAUAUGGAUUGAUUCUAUGGAACCUAGAAUAACAUUUGAACCAGCAACUCAUGACCCAGAUGAUCCUGAUAGCCCUGAUCCACUAGUGUUAGUUGCAUGGAAGUGUACUAAACUUGUGGAAAUUGUAUUCAUUGGCCACAAAUAUUAUCAAGAAAACUUGCUAGCUAUUGCGCGUCUACGAGGAUGCUCUCUGAAAUCAUUAGUGUUUGCACAAAGAUAUAUUGCAUCUGACAAUGAAUCCUGGCAUAUGGCUGAGACCAUUACACAUGAAAUAGAAGAAAUAAUGGGGCGUCGGUGGAAACUAUUAAGCGACGCGGAUUUACCUCCAGUUGUAAAUAAUGCUUUCGGAGGUGACAGUAGAGAAGUUAUCAUGCCAUUGGUCCUUUGCGACCAGAAGUAAUUUUCAACACAAUGCAAUGAAAAAAACAAAAACAAAAAUUACUCCCAAAUAUCGUACACUGACAUCUCCAACAAUUUCUGGGCGAGCUACAUUCUCAGAAGUAAAGUUAUAAAAGUUAAAUCUUUUAUUUUUCUAUAAGAUUUGUUUUUAUGGGAACUACGGAUGAAAACAUCGAACAGCGAACAUGUGUAAAUUCGUAGUUCAAAGCCAGUAACUAACGGAUACAAUAUUGCCUGUUAGGUAAGAAAACACAGCUCCAGUUUUAAACGGCGAGCAUUAAAAACGCACACAAGUUGUCCUUUACAAUGAUUUUAUCAGUUCUUACGAGAGCAUGAUAAGCCAUAGUUAACUAUGUCUUUCUUGAAUUGAUACAACGGGGUAUCGAAAUUAAGUAUGAAUCAACCCCCCUGUCUUUGUUUAUCAGAACGGAGAAUGAAGCGAUUCGCAUUGGUUUUUCUCUUUGAAAAACCUUUGGUAAUGGAAUCACGUUUCAUUGCUAACAGUGGUGGUCUCGGAACAAGAGCAAUAUAUGUAUUAAUGAUCGUUCUUCUCAUCGAUGAAUAUUAGGAAAGAAAAGUAUUUAAAAAAAAAAAAAAAAAAAAAAAAAAAAAUAUUCAAACAUCAUUAAACGUUUGAGGUCUUACCAAGAAGAGACCGUUGAGUGUGUGUGACAUGCGAUGUCAUGGAAGAAGUGGAAUUCAAACGCACGAAGGCAAAUGUACUACCGGUAAGAGGCGAUCAUCCUACCAAGUUAAAAAGAAGAAGAAUACGAGACCAGAAGAAAAUACGAAGAAAAGGGGGCCGAUUUCACACCAUGAGCCACUGGCAACCGUAACGAAAUUCCAAACGUAUGUAAGUAAAGAAAAGAAAAAAUCAUGUUAACAAAUACUUUUCCAAUUCUAUGGGAAACUUAGAUCAAGCGAGCGCCAAGAGCAUGCAGUGUAAGAAAGAGUAACUAAAAAAGUAGUAGACUUCGCGAAAGAGUUUAAACGGUGUUUUGUGCAGCAGAUAUACAAAGAUGCACUCGAUUAAGAAGUCGAACAGCGAUCCGAGGUUAUUUUUAAUACCAAAACCAAUCGGACGCUCUUGUACAAAUGUUAAAUGAAUGUGCGCCGAGAAGAGUGCGGUUAAUCUGGUGGUACGUGGUAAAACAGAGUUUGUAUAUCGUAGUAGAGAAUGGAGGUGAUGAUACAUCAUUUCGAUGACCUGUUAAAGAACCUGUAUAAACCUCCAUAAAAAAAAAAAAUAUGUACCGUCUCUUCACCGUGCUCUUAGCGACCGCUGAAAACGAACACAAUUGUAGUUAUCUAUAAAAGAAGAAAAAAAAAAAAUCAGAUGAAUUUAGCUGCUAAUCGUGUAUGUGUAUAAUGUAUGUAUAUCUGUAUUAUCUGUCGAUCUUUAAAUGUUAAAUAUUUGGAUGCCACAUGCAUCUAUUUCUGUCGUGCGAUUAAUGACGAUUUUGAACGUUUAAAACAGAAGAAAAACAUAAAAUGGUGAUCCACCAGAACACAAAGAAAUAAUACCAAAAGAACAACCGUGUAUACAGUUUGUUAUUCUGAAAGGUUAUUUACAUUCUUUUUUUUUUUCUCUCUCGAGCCUUUGUGUAAUUAUUAUUACAUCGUCACGUAUCGUACUUGUAGUCACGUAUAUACCAUUGUUUUUUUUUUUUUUUUUUUUAUUAUAUGUGGUUCUGUACAUACAUUCAUGCGUUUAAAAUUAUUGGACACGCGCAAAAAUCGCGGAGUUGCGCCCGAAUUUAAAGGAGGGGAAAAAAAAAAGGAAAGAGAAGAAGAGAAAAGUGAAGAGCGAAAUAAUAUAUAGCCGUGUUUAUUCGAAGGCAAACGAAAAAAGAAAAAAGAAAAAGAGAAAGGUUCGAUUAAGGGCUAGGCACAAGAUAACGUGAAAAACUAUUUCUUUAAACGAUUUAAGCUGUUAUACAAGAUGAACGGGCCUUAACAUGUACCUGAGUCGCGGUAAGAAUAAAUUUACCGGAAAAAAAAAAAAAAAAAUAUCUGAUACGCGACAGCCACCAUAAGAAAUAAAUCGUAGACACCUUAAUGGACAUUUUUCGGCGAUUCGCUGGAACACCUGGCCGUGUCUCUCGCCAAAAAAUGCCCGCGCCGUAUUAAGGUAUGCGCUCUCGUGCCCUUUCAUUUCGUAUUCCGUGCGCGUGUAUUCUGUUCUAUAGAAGUCCGGCAAAUUUGUCAUGAAAAUUCGCAAACUUGUUGCGCGAACAGGUUCGAUUUUAUUUCUUCUUCUUCUUUUCUUUUCUUCUUCUUUUUUUUUUUUUUAAUUUUGCUCGUGGUUUUUCCUUUUUUUUUGUAAUCGAACGAAGUCCCGCAUAAACAGUAUACUCGCGGGCACGGUGCCCGGCGUAUGAGUCUAAAGAGAGAGAGAGAGCGAGAGAGUGAGAAAGAGUGAAAGAACAUAUGACGUUGCGAAAUGAUAACGUAUGAGAGAGAACGGAAUUAACGAAAGAUGAUGAUACGCGUUCGGAUAUAAGAACGAUGAUAUCCAAAUGAAUAAUAGAUGCAGAAACAAAACGAAGAAAAAAAGAAAAAGAAAAAAAAACCAGGUAUCGAAAGAUACGUAGUACCAUCUCUGCGAAUUCACUGUGUACAAAGUCUUUAGAAAGAAGAACGGCAUUCGUGCAGCUGCUUAACCAAACGGGCACAACCCAAUUACACAUUAAUAUCGAUAUAAACGCGUCGCGACAAACCAAGCAUAAGACUGAACCUGCCGGGAAAGGUAUUACACCAGUUAGGUGAGCUGCACGUGUCGCCAAAUGUCCGACCUCAUAUUCAUAAAGCAAAAGAGGACGAUCCCGACUAAACGGAAAGCAUCGUUCGCGAAUCAUCGAAACGAAAUUGAUCACAUCGAUGUUGCGUGUGUGUACGAUCGGCUGCGAUUUAAGUUUUCUCUGGUUAAUAGGAAGCGUAGGAGAAGAAACCUUCCUCCUCCCUGCGUUUACUUUAUAAUUAAAGGAAGCCUACUUUGCAAUCUGUUGUACUUUAUCGAAUAAUGUAUAAUGGUUGUCUCCACGAUCGUUGCUCGUUUAACGGUUUCCUUUUUACUACACGUACGUUUUAGCUUUCCGUCUUAGCUCGCGGCCCUCGUCGAUUCGCCCCUUGAUGAUUUCAGCCACGCGAACACCGAAUUUAUGAAUAUGCGGCGUCGUUUUAAUUAAAAAAAAAAAAACAAAAAAAAACGAAGGGAUGGUGCGCCAGCUAGUGUUUAGAUCGAACAAACGCCCCCGUGAAGAAUAAAAAGAAGAAUAAAAAAAAAAAGAGCUCACUCGACCGGUGGUUCUCGUAGCCGAUAAAAUAUGUACUAAACUUUAAGCAGCCUGCCAAGAAUCAAAAUACUGUAUAAUAUCAAACGAACGCUAGCCAGUACAGAAUGCUAAGAUCUAUUUUUUAAGAAGCGAAUGUAUAUUUUUGUACUAAGGCAGGCCUUAGUUGUGAAUCGUGUGUAUUCUUGCGCGUGGAAAAAAAAAAAAAUGAUGGCACAAGACGAGGAGAUCUGUGAUCGUGUCGGCUCAGCGGGACAAAGAAAAUCUUACGUAUAGCAAAGAGAGAUGAUGAUAAUAAUUAGCACCAUGACGAACGAAACAGCGAGGGAAAUAACGCGACCACGGCGUGUCCCUUGCUUUUGUUAUAUCGAGUGGGCUAUAGAUAAAUAAUAAGGGGCGACGAUAAAUCGAGAAGAAAACAUCUGUGAUACAAAAAAAAAAAAAAAUUAUAAAAUCUUAGAAAGGGUGCUCGAGAAUAGGUGGCGAAAGAGAGAAAGAGAUCAAGCGUGCGUUUUAAGGGGGGAAAUUAAGAAGAAUCUAAGAAAAAUGAAGAGCGAAAGAGAAAAAGUACAGGGGAAAGACGGGAUCCUACGUGUAUUAGGAAAACGAUACGCGAGAUAUGCAAUUCCUAACAAAAAAAAGAAAAUGUUUAGAGAUGCUUUUAGAAGAUCUAUUGUGCGAAAAAUGUUCGUCGCGUGUAUAUGAAAUAAUCGACAGAUGGUGACCGUCUUUCGACGAGAUAGCCCGGUCUAACUAAUGCAGUGGGUACAAAACCGUCUUGACCAUCCUUGUUCGAACGAUCGCUCGGCUGUCGUGUGGAUUUCGAUGAACGCUUCUCAAUCGAAUAAUAUAUUACCGUUGCCAAGCGAGGAAACAUUUGAUUAAAGUUUCGUGUUCCUUCGAACUCGAUCAAAUUCGAUCAAACUCGAACGUUACUUAAAACAUAUAUCUGACAUUCCACUCGAAGCUGCGAGAAUGAAAGGGUUACGCGGUGUAAUCUUUACCGUCGUUAUUUAGCCUCUCGUGAUAUCGAUAGAAUUAAUUUAAUAUACCUUGAUUAAUUUCGAGCAGAGGAAUCGUCGCUGUCGUGUUAGGUUGAAAGAACGAAUUAAUUUACACGAAAGGGCUGAUUCAAACGGAUCCGAUCGAGUCAACAAAAAAAAAAAAAAAAAAGAAAAGUACAUUUCCAUCGAGAUCCUUGUUCGAAGUUACGCGCAUCGCGUGUUCCGAUUUCCCACGUGACCUCAGGAUAAGUCAGGACGUCGUACGCCACGAGUAUAGUAUUAUAAGUUCCUAAAGAAGAUGAAAGAAA